GCCCUCCCUGUGGAAUGUCAAGUCUCUUCUUGUGAUUGGCUGGCGAGUGGAGGAAUCAGUUUUCACUCUGAGUGGAGGAAGAAUGUUCCCCUCUGCCUCUGAUUAGGUCCCUGAGCCGCAGGAGAAGAGUCUGACCUACUUCUUAACAAUGUUUCAAGCUUCAAGAAGUUUCAGUUCAGGAACCUGAAAGGCAAAGAGACCCUAAGUCAACGCUCCUUUUGGAUAACGCACUUGCCUCAGUGCAACAGACUAUGUCCCAGUAUUCCAACAACUAUCUCCUUGUUCCUAUCCCUGAGUAUCCCAUCUUGGACUGUGCCCCUAAUAAGAACAUCAAGAUUGUAGUGCUGGGGGGCAGUGGGGUUGGCAAAACAGCGCUGGUCGUCAGGUUUCUCACCAAGAGGUUUAUUGGAGACUAUGAGGCAAAUGCUGGAGCCUUAUAUUCCAGAAAGGUUACAAUUGAUGGAGAACAAAUCUCUCUUCAAGUGCAAGACACACCAUAUGUAUCAAUGGAGGAUGAUACAGACAGUAUUUCAUGCCAGGAGCAAAUCAACAGAUCUAUCUACUGGGCAGAUGGAUAUGUGUUUGUCUUCUCCAUUACAGACUAUAAUAGCUUCCAUGUAAUCAGACCUUUGUAUCAGCAUCUGCGCAAAAUCCACCCCAAUACCAAGAUACCACUUCUUCUGGUUGGGAAUAAAGCUGACCUCCUGAGAGCUAGGCAGGUGGCUCCUGAUGAGGGUCUUCUACUGGCCAAUGAAUUGGGAGGAUUCUAUGCAGAGGUAUCUGCCAGAGAACACUAUGAAGGUGUAUACAGUGCUUUCUAUCAGCUGUGCCAAGACGUGGGAAAGGUGAUCUUUAGCUGCAAUGGGGAAAAGAGAAAAGGCCUUCAUCUUGGGCGCCCAAGGUCACCAAACAUGCAGGAAUUGAAAAGAAGGUUCAAACAGGUUUUGUCAUCUAAAGUAAAGGCAACAACAACCCUUUGACCCUUGUUGGAAAGGCUGCAUUCUCAACAGUUAAGAGCAAAUGGCUUUUAUUUUGGCAUGGGUUGUUCUGGAAACAAAUCAUCCCGACAUUUUGUACAUCUGUGCAGUACAGUGCAGCUAUAUUUAUACAAAUGUUACUUUUUUAUUAUUAUUAUUAGUUUUAUGCUAUUUUUGUAAAGGAUUUCAAAGCAAUUAUUUUGGCCCAGAAUGAACUAUCCCAACAAUGUGUAAAACCAGCAGAGUGUUUUUGUUUUACUUAAUUGCACUACUUGUGAUGAUCCUUUAUAAAAUAGCUAGAUAGAUGUUUUAUUUUUAAAGAAAAGAAAAUGGCAGCAGUUUUUAAUGAUCAGACUUUGUAGUUGGACAGUCUUAGUUUACUGUAUAUAAAUAAUGAACCCCUACAAAAUUGGUUUUGCUCCAGUCUCCACUGCUACCAAAGAUGGUCAUCGGAUUCCAACUCAUCUGCUUGGAUUGAGAACUACAGUUUCCAACAACGGUUUUCAGCUGCAGCUGCGGAUUGGUGGAAGUUUUUAUCAUUUAAAUGCUUGAGGUUUCAGAGGAGCCGUUCACUAAACCAAGGGCAGGAGUAAAACUCAGAAUUGUGUUCAUUUAAACACAAUUCACAAAGUUACCUGUGUCUAUUCACACUGAUCAAUACUUAAAACAUCUGCCAAAGCUCUGGUUGCUUGCACUUGCUGAAUAAGGUGCAAGGUUUAAAGUGCAGGGCACAUCAACACAGGGGAGCUGUGGAAUUAACACUAGCCUUGAGAAGGUAAUACAGGUAUGGGAUUAUCCUGAUAUCCGUUAUCCAGAAAUCUCUGAAUUAUGGAAACGGUGUCUCCCUUAGACUGCAUUUUAUCCAAAUAAACCAAAUUUUUAAAAUUGAUGUACUUUUUCUCUGUAAUAAUGAAACAGUACCAUGUACUUGAUCCAAACUAAGACAUCA